AUGCCGAUACUUAACGACGUUCAGUUGUCGAGCCCCAAGGACCUAGUGUCUCUUGCCAGAGGUGACGAGCCAAUCUAUGUCAUUCUCACCAGUUCCAACGAUGAGGAAACCGGUGCACCGUGGUGCUCCGAUGUUCGAGCUGCAUUACCAUUCCUGGAAGAGACCUUCGGCAAGCCGGACGGGCCCAAGGCUGUUUAUGAGAGCGUCGGUCCCCGGCCUGGGUGGAAGAAAUCGGAUAACCCGCACAAGCUCACAUGGAACAUAUCGGCUAUUCCGACUGUUAUUAGGUUCGAACUUCGCGAUGGAAGGAUAGAGGAGACGGAUAGGCUGGUGGAGGCCGAGGUUUAUGAAGAGGGAAGAUUGCAGAACUUCGUAUUAAAGUCUGUAUAG